UUAAUAAGUGCCUUGUCAACCAUACAUUAAUUCUCACAUCUCUACCCUUUCCCUCUCUUUCUCUUCCUCACUCGUAGCUUGUGGCUCUGCUAUUGUUUCCAAGCCAUUGUCUUUUCUUAAGAUACGCGAAGAUGAAGAAAGCAAGCAUUGCCAUGUCUGUUCUUGUUUUAAUGUUUCUUACCGUAGUUCAGAACAAUGCUAACAUCACUGAGGUCCCAAGUCCACAGCCACAGCCACAGCCACAGCCAAACCACAAUCACGACAAUCCCACUCACGGCACUACUGAAGGCAGCCUCCAUCCUCAAGAAUGUGCGCCACGUUGCAGUACAAGAUGCUCGAAGACACAAUACAAGAAACCAUGUUUGUUCUUUUGCCAGAAAUGCUGUGCAAAGUGCUUGUGUGUGCCUGAAGGCACUUAUGGUAACAAACAAUCCUGCCCUUGUUACAAUAAUUGGAAGACCAAGAGAGGAGGUCCCAAAUGUCCUUGAACACUCUUUCCUAUUUUAAUUUCCAUAAAAAAAAAAAAAAAUUAUCUCUAUUGGAUUUCUAAAUGUUGCAUAGAAAAAUAAAUUUCCUUUUGCUAUUAAUGUAUUUAUGUUGUUAAUUUUCUUUUCGAGCGUUAAGAGAAGCGUAAUAUUUAAUGCUACAACGCUUGUAGUUAAUAUUAUUUAUUCCUUUAUUCUUAUUGGAAAAAAA